AUGGCCGACGUCAACAAUCUUCCCGACUUUGACUCCCUCCCGCCCGUCAAAGAUAUGCCGCAAGGCUGCGCCUGGGGAAUCUUCGACAAGGACGGCAAAAAGGACAAGAUCGGGACGCUGAACCUGCUCACGCCCGCAGUGGUCCAGGAGGCACUCAAGGAGGCCCGGGAUGGGGUCUCCGUAUCUCUCAACUGGGACAUUGGCGCCAUCAAAGAUGCCGCCUUUGGGCGCAAGGGCUUGACACACAGGAUAAUCAACUUCCGCGACAGCGAACUCGGCAUGUGGGGGUUCGACGACGAGGUGUCGUUCAACCCGCAGUGCUCCUCGCAGUGGGACAGCCUGGUCCACGUCGCACACCAGGCGACGGGGCUCGGCUACAACGGCUACCAGCCCUCGACGGAGGAUCUCAUGCGAGCCGGGGAGUCGAAGAGCGCCGCAGAAGAUGGCGGGUUCCCGACGCUGGAUCAUUGGCACCGCAGGGGUGGGCUCGUGGGCCGUGGCGUGCUCCUCGACUACCGAGCGUAUGCGCAGGCCAAGGGCAUCACGUACAGCUGCUUCGACGCCCAUGCGAUCUCCGUGCAGGACCUAGAAGCCGUGGCGGAGUUCCAGGGGACCAUGUUCAAGCACGGGGAUAUCCUGAUUGUGCGCACGGGGUUCACCGAGGAUCUUGCCGACGCGGAUCCCGACGAGCAGCAGCGGCUGCUGGGCACCAACAAGGCCGUUGGGGUUGCGGGGAACAAGGCAACGGCGCGAUGGGUCUGGGACCAUCACUUUGCGGCUGUCGCUGGGGACGCCAUUGCCUUUGAAGUCAUGCCGCCGACCAUCGAGGACGAUGGCAAUCGAAUUGGGACCACCGCAGAGCUAGUGCUGCACCAGUACUUUCUCUCGCUUUUUGGUAUACACAUUGGGGAGCUCUGGGAUUUGAAGGCGCUGAGUGCCCAGUGCAAAAAGGCUGGACGGUACGAGUUCCUCUUAACGAGUGCUCCACUCAAUGUACCCUCGUCGGUAGGCAGUCCGCCAAACGCGUUGGCCAUCUUUUGA